AUGGGUCGGUUUUCGUUCAUGGCUGCCAGGGAGAGCAUCGGCCGACCAUCCAACGAGGCGCCGUUUACGUCCGCCCCAUACCGACCAACACCUUUGCAACCUCAAUGUGACCCUCAGACAUCGCCAGAUGCAAGGCGCUGCGGCCCUCCGUGUCCACCUCGUUCACUGUGUUCUUGUUCUGGGUACAUAGCACUUGAACGCUGCGUGGUACAACGCGAUCCACCCGUUGUUGAUCUUGUGCAGUUAAUCCAUGCCCUUAUCGAGCAACGGCUUGAUCAGAGGGUAGGUGCCGUUUGUGGCCGCUAG